GACGCAUUUAAUGACAGAUCAGAGAAUUUAAUGAAAAACGUGGAGGAAAAGAGCGAUAUUUGCGCAUGAUGAGCGAUUCAGCGGUCCGUUAUCUGAACUUUGCAUUGCUCUCCCUUUAAAUGUUCUCUCAUUAGAGGUGCCUCCUGCCCGAUGUGAACUUUGACACCUGCAGGACAGCAGCAGGCUUAUUGGAGCUGAAGGUUUCAUCACAGAUCAAAAGGCAACGUGACGCUGCUUUAAAUCAUCUCCUGCGUUCAGCGGCAGCGCAGAGGGCGCUGCUUUAACAUGACUCGGUGCACAGCUGCGAAACGUGCUUAGGAGGGACAGAUUUCUUUUUUAUGUGGAACAUUUUUAAAGUUCACCUUAGAGGCCAAACAGCACGUUUACAAGAAUGAGGCCACCGCCGGAAAUCAGCGUUUUUCUCCUUUCUCUCCUGGCACCUGGAGUUUUAUACACAAUGAACAACAGCCCAGCGCUCCAAGAGCCUCUGGUUAUCUUGGGGAUGGGAACGGUCAUCCUGGGGUCUGUUCUUCUCCUCCUCUUCCUCACUGUGCGGCACAAGGCCAAAGUGGACCCUUUGUUCUAUGUGUUUGCAGAGUUUUCCUUCACCUGCCUGGUGGGUCUGACCAAUGCUUUAGAGCAGGAUGGGUUCAUCUCUGGCUUCAUGGGCUUCUACAUAAAGAUGGGUGAGCCUCAUCUAAGCACUGCCUAUGCGCUGAUGAUGUCUUACUGGGAGGGCGUCGUUCACUUCAUCCUCUUCCUCACUAUCAUCCACCGCAUGUUCUCUGGGAAGUCAUAUCGUAGCCUGGGCCUGCUGUGGGCAGGCUCCUCCAUCGCUCAUCAGAUCGUUCACAUCCCAGGAGUGGUCAUUGGCAAGUAUGGGUCCAACAUUCGACCAGCGUUUUGGAGGAAUGUCCCCUUCUUUUUGGCGCCUUUCUGGGCAGCCUCGCUGCUCUUUAGCAGACCCAGAGAGAUGCAAAUCAUCACAGCAGAUAAGAUCGCUGCAGAGCAGAAGAAAAGUCUGCUGUUUCGACCCAUUGACCUGCUUCUCUCACUGCUGUUACUGGGAUCCAUGGCCUUCUCUGUGUUUAGAGGCUUUGUAGUGCUGGACUGUUCUCUGGACACAUGUUUCACCUACAUCUAUCAGUAUGAGCCGUACCUCAAAGACCCAGUUGGCUUUCCCAGGGUUAUGAUGCUGGUGUACUUAUUCUACGCACUGCCAUUGCUAACGGUCUUCAUCUACGGUCUGAAAACACCUGGAUGUAGCUGGAUGUUGGAUUGGACCAUCUUCUUUGCUGGCGCCAUGGCUCAGACCCAGUGGUGCCAUAUCGGAGCAUCUCUGCAUUCCCGCACUCCCUUCACGUACCGAGUCCCAGCAGACAAACGGUUGCCUGUUAUCGCCCUCAAUGCGCUGCUCGCUGCUGCACCGGCACUGCUGGCCCUGCGCUGCCACACAAACCCCGCUUAUUUUAUGAAACCUGUUCCUGCGGGACAAUCCAACAGCAAGAAAAAGAAAAACUAGACCACACACAAGCCACGGACUGGUGAGGAAUGCUUACUGGGGCACGCACUGAAUUAAAUGCACACAUUUUUCAUCCCUAAAACCCAGAGGAAAUCUAAAAAACAUUGCUCUCUCUGAGUCAACUGUUAAAAAAAAAAUCAGUCACCUCACCUAGCACUUCCUGUAUGGACUUCUGGACCCUGAUAAGGAGGCUGUUGAUGGAGGUGAGGACCGUGAUCAGAUCGCACAGCGUUCAGGUGACUCAUGCAGACACCCAGUUUGUAUCGUCACAAAACUUCAACUAACCUGAAUCAUGCAGGUCAGCAGCACAGCACCGGAGAGUGAUUCAGUCCCUUUUUUUUUUCUAUACAGAAAUCUAAACCAAAGCUACAAAGUUUGCAGAUUCAUUUUCUGAUCUUGAAUAUUCCAACUUUCACCCUCCUGUGAUAUAUUUUUUUUUUUUUUUUUUUUUUUAAGUACAGCCCACGCUAAGUGUGAGUAUAUUAAAUGUUGAAUAUCAGCAGAAUCCUCUGCAGGCUGAAUAACUUAAGAGUUGCUGAUAAGGGAGAUGACUCACUCGAGCUGACAGCUUGGAGAAGAAAAACCCACCUGGUGAUCAACGUUGUGGUCUAGCCUUCGUGUGACUGGAGCAUAUAAAGAAAUCAGACAGAUACUAAUCGCUAUUCCAGUCCACUCCAAGUCCAGACUGUCAUUUUUCAAGCUAAAUAUUCAGUUUACAGUCAUGUGAAACGGGGAAAGGAAGCACACGGAAUUUGUGUAUUUGCUUAAUAAACGACUUAAAUGAUUACCACGCUCAUUCUUUCUGUCUACAGUUUGAGAACUGGAGCGCUGAACUGUGGCUAUUUUUGUAUUAUAAAAAUGGGACACAGAUUUCUCGCAGCUAGCUGUGCAUGUCAGUGUUUGAUUAAAUUACAUUCUCAUUAACCUUUUCCUUUGCUAAAUAUUGAGGAUAUUUAUGACUCGCAUAGCACGUCUGAGCUUCUAAACUUAAACAAACGCACUUUUUCCCGAACCAA